UAAUAAUAAUAAUGGAUAUGUUAAAAUCUCCGUUGCAGAAUCAGAUAUUUGUCAUAUGUGGCGUCCUGAGUACUAUUGUCAGCUGUGGCUUGGGUCUUGGAUAUCUAUCAAUUUUUCUAGAACAAAAUGGUAACGACAAUAUCCAGACUUUUCGCAUAAACAACACGUUAGAUGGCUAUAUUGAAACCGCUGGUGAAAUAGCAUUUCUGCCAUCAAUUGUGGUUAUACCUUUCCUAAUGCAGAAGAAAGGAAGAAGGCUAGCUAAUUUAGCAACGACAAUCCCUCUAUUAAUUAGUUGGCUCAUAAGUUUCAACGCUAACAACUUUAUUAGCAUUCUGUGUGUUCAUGUACUGCAUAAUAUAUCUAUAGGAGGAGCAGUAACCAUAAGCAAUAUAAUAAUUUCUGAAUUCUGUGAUCCAAAAUAUCGCGGUACAUUCUUGAUGUUAGAAACUGGUAUGAUAUCACUUGGAGUAUUAUUAAGUCAUGUUUCUGGCAUAUUUUUAAAUGGAAUGCUGGUUUCUACUUUAGGUAUGGUAACUGCAUUAAUAAGUAUAUUUAUUACAUACUUUUGGCCUGAAAGUCCGUACUGGUUAAUUAGUCAAGGGCAUAUUAUAAAAGGCACUGAAGUUUUUAGGUUAUUGAGAGGCACUGAUGUUGACUCUAUGGAUGAAUUGGAAAUUUUACUACUAACGCAAAAAAGAAAAUUGCAAUUGAAAGCUCUAAGGCCUAUAAGAUCAUUAAAUUUAAGUGAACAAAUUACAAAUUACCUUAAAUCUUUAUUAAAAGUCGAAUUUCUGAAACCACUCUCUAUAAUGCUAUUGUUAUUUAGUUUUAUUGGAUUUGGAGGUGAAAAUAUUAUAUCGAAUUAUAGACUUACUGAUGUAUUUAAACUAACAAGUGGUAAAUAUGUUGGAACUAUAAUUUUAGAUGUGUUAACAUUAGUUUGUUCACUAACAGCUUGUGUAUUAGUCCAAAUAGUUAAAAGAAAGACUCUUUUCUUAUUUACAGGUUCUUUUUCUAUAAUAUUUCUAGCAUUGACAUCUAUUCUUUUCUUUUUGCAAUCGUUUGAGAUAUUUUCAAAAGACUAUCUCUGGAUUGUACUAUCUUUAGUAACUGGUUUUGUUAUGUUUAUGUCUUUAGGAACAACAGCCUUACCUUUUUCAUUGUUAGGUGAAAUAUUUCCUAUGUCUUACAAAGGAGUAGGUAGUUCUUUAACGUGUGCAUAUUUGUGGGCAUUUGGUAAUAGCAUUUUGAAAUCAGCACCUAUUUUAACUAAAUCAAUAGGAAUUCAUGGCGUGAUGUUACUAUCGGUUCUAAUGAUGAUUAUAAUAUUAAUAUUAAUAAAUAAGUUAAUGCCAGAAACGAAUACAAAAACUUUGUUGGAAAUUCAUCAGUUGAUGAAAUUAAAUAAAGACGGGAACUAUCAAGUUACUGGUCUUAUAAAAGAGCAAGAGGAAAACGAGGACUUUGAUAGGCUUCGGUUAUUUAUAGAAGUAUGAUAACUUUGCAAAUUAUAUAUUGUGAUAAUAUUGACAGAA